AUGAUCAGCACGUCGGUCUUCCGCGCUCUGCUCACUCUGUCGGCCACCGCAGCGGCAAUGACCUCGGCCGAGUUCUUCGAAGGGGACGGCACCGCCUACACGCUCUCUCAAGUCAGCAGCGGCAACUGCAACUUGAUGUCUGCCAACAGCAUUGCGCCCGCCAACUACGCCGCGCUGAACCAAGUACAGUGGAAUAACUUGGGGAACUGCGGCCAAUGCGCUCAAGUCUCCUGCAUCGACUCGAGAUGCACCAACCCGACAGCGUCCGCCAUCGUCCAGAUCGUGGAUCGCUGUCCCGAGUGCAAAUACGGCGACUUGGACCUCUCCCCCACCGUCUUCAAGACCAUCACGGGCUCGGAUCCAAGCCGCCUGAAAAUCCGCUGGCAGUACGUGGACUGCCCGAACCCAGACACCCUCAAGAUCUGCCUGAAGGACGGCAGCAACGGCUACUGGACCGCAGUGCAGCCAACGAACAGCAUUGUCGGCAUCCAGAGCGUCAGUAUUAAUGGCCAAGCCACGACCAAGUUGGACGGAGCCUUCUACUACGUUGCGACGAGCUCGACGGGGGCCAACCUCAACGCGGUGAACGUGGCAGUGACCUCAGUCAACUCUCAGGUCAUUCAAGGCACGUACUCGCUCACUGCAGGCCAAUGUGUCGACACAUACCAGCAAUUCGCAAGCUCCUCCGUUGCAGCACCCGCACCGACC